GGAGGCGGCGGCGGGCGCGGGCCGCGGCGGCGCCCCUCGGUUGCCGCCAUGGACGCAGCUACUCUUACCUAUGACACCCUCAGGUUCGAGUAUGAAGACUUCCCAGAGACCAAAGAACCCGUCUGGAUACUAGGCCGAAAAUACAGUGUUUUUACAGAAAAAGAAGAGAUCCUUUCGGAUGUCACCUCUCGGCUCUGGUUCACCUACAGAAAGAACUUCCCUGCCAUCGGAGGAACCGGUCCCACUUCAGAUACUGGCUGGGGCUGCAUGCUGCGGUGCGGCCAGAUGAUCUUCGCUCAGGCCCUGGUUUGCAGGCAUUUGGGUAGAGACUGGAGGUGGAUAAAAGGGAAGAGGCAAGCGGACAAUUACUUCAAUGUACUUAAUGCCUUCAUCGACAAAAAAGACAGCUACUACUCCAUUCACCAGAUAGCCCAGAUGGGAGUUGGAGAGGGGAAAUCCAUAGGCCAGUGGUAUGGACCAAACACAGUAGCACAAGUGCUCAAAAAACUCGCUACUUUUGAUACAUGGAGCAACCUGGCAGUGCAUAUAGCMAUGGACAACACUGUAGUGAUGGAAGAAAUCAGGCGGCUGUGCCAGCCCAGCUCACUGGGUGCUGGAGCUGCAGCGUUCCCUGGUGCGGAGCCAGAGCUGCUCUAUAACGGGCACCCCGAGGAAGCAGCGGGUAGAGAUGGGCUCUCGCUGUGGAAGCCACUGGUGCUGCUGAUACCUCUCCGGCUUGGGCUCACAGAAAUCAAUGAAGCCUAUAUCAAAACACUAAAGCACUGCUUCAUGAUGCCCCAGUCCCUGGGAGUGAUCGGAGGGAAGCCGAACAGCGCUCACUACUUCAUUGGCUACGUAGGGGAGGAGCUCAUUUAUCUGGAUCCUCACACGACCCAGCCUGCAGUGGAGCCCGACGAGAGAGGCUGCCUGCCCGACGAGAGCUUCCACUGCCAGCACCCUCCGUGCAGGAUGAGCAUUGCUGAGCUUGACCCGUCCAUCGCGGUGGGCUUUUUCUGCAACACAGAAGAGGACUUUAAUGACUGGUGCCAGCAAAUUGGAAAGCUGUCCCUGGUUAGAGGAGCAUUGCCGAUGUUCGAGCUGGUGGAGCGCCAGCCAUCACACUUCUCCAACCCUGAUGUCCUGAAUCUCACACCAGAUUCUUCUGAUGCUGACAGAUUGGAAAGGUUCUUUGACUCGGAAGAUGAAGACUUUGAAAUCUUAUCCCUUUGAGAGCAAACAGGACCCUGACUCUGCAAAUCUGUGUGACAGGCGUGGGGAGAUGGGGUGGGGGGGAAGCUCCAUGGAGAGCUCGGGGCUACCAGUUUCCACAGGCGCCUGCUGCCAUUCCUGCCCUCUUGCCCAUCCUGGCAUGCUGCGCAGCCUCUGGAUGGAGCAUGUGCUGUCCAUGUCAGGAUGAAGAACCUGACAGGUGUUAGAGCCUUACUGGCUUGGAGUCAGGGUUUCUCAGUGCUUGCUGGAAGUGGAUGCAGUGGUGCCUAGGAGUUCAAAGCCUAUGUGUUACAAAAGCAGGUCAGCUGGGCUUCUGGAGGGGCAGCAGAAACCCUUAGAAAGCUAAAUCCUUCCCUGGGGACUCCCCUGUGAAGCUUAAAUAGAGCUACCCCUCAUUUAGCAGGUGAAGUGUACAGUUACUUCCUGUAGCGGCUUCUCUCCUUAACAGCCAGCUUGGAUUGCACCUAAUGAUGCAAAUUAACAGUAGACCCACACCACAGGCAGCCACCUCUGAAGCCCUUGGAGCAGGGAUGACCAUGUUUCCUACAGUAAAUUCCUGGUUGUGCUUUGCAAAGGUGUGAUACUCCUUUCCCAYUCCUAUCCUAUCAAAACCCUGGGCUAAUUCAUGAGUUAAGUGGCAAUUCACUUCGUGGAAGGCUAUCUAGGAAAGUGUAGAACAGAUUUAUCCAAUUGGAUGAGGAACAUCAUAAACUCUGUUUAAAUAACAGCAGGAAAACAAAGUGGAGAAAGCAGAAAGCGUGUGCUCUUGCUGAGAGUCCAUGAAAUCUUACGGUUCUGUGACAUAUUGAUGUCUACAGAAAGUAUCUUCAUGGAAGUUGCUUUAAGCAGAGAACUAUAUUCCGUAGCCAGGGAAAAUAAAAAUAGUCAGCAGAAGAGAGAGGACAGAACAGGACAGCUAAGAAUCUAACAGUCAUGGGACUGCUUUGCCUGUGCCCCAGUGUGCUGUCACAAAGGCUAGUGAAUUAAUCCUGCUGGUAGCAAAAAUAGGGAUUAUAAAUUUCUCAAACUAUCCUCUGUGGUAGGCUCAACACUUCCUCUCCUUCUUCCUUUCAAGAGAAAAGGGCCUGAAGGUUGAAUAGGUCYCCAAGCUGUGUUCAUAUACUUUAAUUUGCUCUUCUGGAGACUUAGCCUCCCCACAGUGUGUGUCCAAAUGUACUUCAGGAACUAACCUGGAGAAAUUCCUUCCAAGAGAACAGCCCUAUGAGGUCAGCAAAGGCAGAAGGCCAUGAAAAGGUCCAACGUGCUUAUACUGGAAAUUUGAGCUACCUUUAAGAUGUCUUGUAGUCUGCUUGGAUCCUCAUCUGCACAAWCAGAAUUCAGAUAAAGAUUAAUUGUGGAGACAGGUCAUCUUAAUGUGAACUGAACAGAGUGGCUGGAGUAGUUUCCUUAGGCUGCAACGUGCACUGUGUUCUGUUUACAAAGCUUUGCUUUGUACAUCUAGGAUCAGAACCUGACAGUUGAUGCUUUUGUGCCCAAAGGUGGUGGCAGUGGGCUAGAAAUGACUUCUUUCUCUGUGACUGACCUGCUGAUGCUCUUAACUGUCCCCAUGCCAUCCAACUAGCAAAGGUUUGAACUUGAAACUGCAAUGCUUCUGUCACUAAAUUAUUACUUGCUGCUUGGACUGCUUCUCUCCUCUCUAGGAGCGAGGGGAGGAGGCAGC